UCAGUUACGUCAAAGAGAAUUUGUUUUCAAACUAUCAUGUUUAUGAAACAUUUCAUAUUUAAAUUAAUUUAUUUUACUCAAUUGUGCGACUUUGUUUAGUUCUAUUUACAAUUAUAAUUGUGACCAAGUUACAGUUGUUAAAAUAUCAUAAUGACAGAACAACUUGAAGAGGAACUGAAAGAUUUGCGAGAAAAAAAUAAUGAAUUGGUCAAGAAAGUUCAGUAUUGGAAAAUGACGGCGGCGCAGAAGGAGAACGAGAAAUUAGAUCUCAUGAAAGAAAUGAACGAACUUAGGCUCAAACUAAGUCGUAUACGUAGCGGCGGCGCGGCUCACGCGCGCAAACUUGACGCGGCCUUACAGACGGCGAGCGAAGAAGUACUCUCCCACCUGGUCCAAGCAUCGAGUGCUGUGGCCCACAUGCUGGAGCUCAACAAGACAUACAUGCAGGACAGACAGGAACUCGACCGAGCCCUACCUAGGUGGAGCAAUCUAAGUAAUACACCGUCGUCGGAGAAAGUUAACAGAGUGCCUCCCAUGAUGAUCGGGGGACGGCUCAUACAACCUGUUGUAUCACUGAGCAGGACCUUACAGUCAAACGCUACGGCUACACCAGCGAGGAGUUCCAAUCAACAGAGUCACAAUAUAUCAGAAAGGGCUGUGCCGCUGCAUAUGUUACAAGACGUGUACAUCCCCCUCACACGGAUCGACGCCGCCCUGCCCACGCCCAGCCCGCCACACGAACAGAACGAGCACGACAUGCAAAUAGAAGACAGCAGCGACAGGAUACUGGAGGAGACACAGGACAUGUCGGACACGGAGGAGUUCGAUGACACGCGCAGGCUGGAGGCGGUGGACGAGGACGAAGAGCCGGAGGCGCAGGCGCCGCAAAGGAGCAGACAGGAAAACCCUUUGGAAGGUCCGAGCUGGCUCUUAGAUGAACCCACGAGGAAGAGGAGAUCCAAAAGCCGGGCGAACUUGGAGCCGGACUCCACCACCGAGGUAGAGGACGGGGACCCCGCGCCCGGCACCAACAGCACGCCCAAGCAGUCGGGUCGUAGUGUGUGCGAGUUCACGCCGACCGUCCGCCGCCGGCGCCGCUCGCCCCCCUCCCCCGCCGCGCCCCGCUCCCCGCGGCCCUCCCGGUUGUCCAACUCCAGUAACGGCGGCCGCAUCCUUAAAGUUCUAGUAGCAAAGAUGUGUUUGGACGAGGACGACGGCAGCGGAGACGCGUCGCCGCCGAAGAGACCGAACGUUGAAGACGCUCCCAAGAAGAAGUCCCCGAAGAGAAGGACCAUCAACAGCAGCGGAAAGGCGGCGCUCGCCAGGGACGGGUCACCAUCCAAGAAUUUGACGAGGUUCGACGCUCCCAGCCCUAACGGAUCAACCGACUCCAGAGUCAUCGUGCUAGAGACGAAAGCACAAAUCGAACCAGCGAAUACGAACUCAACUGACGGAGAUAACGGAGAUAGCCGAGAUGACAACGUUGAUACCAAUCAGAACGUAAACGAUGCGAACCAAAAUGAUAAUCAACAGUCUGACAUUAAUCAGAACCGUGACACCGGUGUAAGUCAUCGUGACACUGAUGUUAGUCAACGUGACACUAGCGUCGGACGGCGUGACACUAAUGACAACCAGAGCCGCGUCAGUCGUGAAAGUCGUGACAGCGACAGCAGCGGCAGUGAGAUGGCGGAGGGACGAACCAGGCGGGCGAGGAAGGCUGUGGUUUAUAAGGAGAGGCCUCUCAACAGAAAAUUACGGAGGUGAUGAACCCAGCUGCCCGGAUUGUUAUGAAUGAAGUAAAAAUAUUAUAUCCUCGAAGAUGUGGGACGCUGCGUCCGCGGAGGCGCGGCUCGCAGUGUCACGGUUUACGGUUAAGGAAUAUCUAGUAAUAUUGAAGACUGCAUCACAUUGAAUGACGCUGAACUUGUUGCCUUCUGGCCGUAGUUGUAUGAUAGUAUUAUAAUUUUCUUCUGUUAUCAUAAACGACGAGACAAUACAGGGACAAACGCUAACGACUGCCGCAUGGGUCGCCUUACGCCUUAUACACUAUACAUUAUAAUACACAUUACACGGCCGAGAGCUGCUCCAUAGGGCGGCCGGACGCGGUGUUCAGAUACGAGUUAGUUAGACAGGAAAUUAUAAGUGAGUUAUAGAAUGCCUUAUACAUGAAGAAUAGAGACAGUAUUUAUCAUUAUCAGUAAGAAAAUACUGAGUUGUUGUUUUAAUCUCGUAAUAUAUAGAAGAUAUAAUAUGAUGCCGACAUAAAGUAUCCGCGCUUAACAUUGAGAUCUUUAAAAUAAUGUUACUGGUUUAAAAUAUGAGAUUUACUUAUUAUAUGUGUUGACAUAUUGACAAGGAAACUUUCGACAAACAAGUUGUCGGUGUGACAUGUGACGCGAGGGUUGCGGGUGACAUCGACAACUCGCUCUAAUAUGUCAUAAGUAACAUCGGUCUGUUAAGGAACUUGUUGCUGGUUCAAUCAAUAAAUCAUUUAAGUUCG